ACCUUGCGCGGCCGUACCGUACGUGGCGUGCGUACCGCGCGUGGUGUGUGUACCGUGCGCGGCCGUACCGUGCGUGUGUGUACCGUGCGCGAUGUGCGCGUGGAGGCUGCUGUUGCUGGCUGCGCUGCCGGCGCUCGUCGGUGUAGGCGCCGGCGAGUUGGUGGAAGCGGGACCUGCCUUUCUACCAACGAGAAGAUCUCUCAAUGUGGCGCCUGGCGAAGAAGCGGUGCUGGCAUGCCGCAUUGCGCGCCUUGGAGACAAGGCGGUCUCAUGGGUACGAGCAAGGGAUCUACAGAUCCUCGCUCACGACGGCGCUGUGUUCUCAGCAGACCCACGAGUCGCGGUGGGAGUGCGGACAGAGCGCGGCGUCGUGACGCACACGUUGCGUCUUGCGCGCCUGAGAGAGUCCGAUGCGGGCCGAUACGAGUGCCAGCUGAAUACGGAUCCUAAGCUCAGUCAGAUAUAUAAUCUCACUGUCACAGACCGGGCAUGGCGCGGCAUUGAGGUAGAACCACUAGGGGCAACUCGUGUCCUAGCAGCGACGGGGAGCACAGCAACUCUUGGCUGUUCAGCGAGGCUGCGACCCGCUGAGGCACCUGAUCCGCCCGCAUUAAGAGUUGUUUGGUACCAGGACGGACAACCGUUGCAACCUCAGCAGGGUGGAGUUUCGCUCGAUACGGAGCGCGCGGCGGGCUUCGUGACGUCACGGCUCACGCUCGGCGCUCUCAUGCCAACCCACAGUGGUCGGUACUUCUGCCGUGUCACAGCGGACUUAGAGCAAGGCACAGACCCCUUCACAGAAGACACCUUGCAGGGAGAGAUGGUGUUUACGCUCGUUGUGACAGACAGUGUGGGUGAGAUGGAAGCGAUGCAACGCGACCAGUCGCCAGCGCCGUCCGCUGCAGGCACACCUCGCUCUGUGCCAGCUAUUGUGGCGCUUGCGUUGUUGUUCGCACUGGCCAUGCGCUGUUAACCUUCGCAGCAACGAUCGCACAAGCGACAACGAUCGUUAUUGUCUAACUAGCUGUCAACUAGUUAUCAUGCCCAGCUCCGGAGCAGAUAACUAUCGAUACUGGAAGCCAUGCUGGUUUAUUUUAGCCUGUCGGGCCGUAGCAAGUUAUCAAGUGGAGCGUAAAAUAUCUUACCGAUAAAGAAGAGGAGGCAUGAAAACAUUGUACUUGGGCAGGCACAACUCAAAAAAAGUUGAGAAAAUGAGCUAUAGCUUGGUGGAACCCCCAAUCUCGUGUCUUAGCAGUGCUCGGAGCGUGUGAACGGUGGUACAAAUGGCGCUUAUGUGACUUAUGUGAUUUUCAAUGGACGAAUGGUAACCAGAGCAAGAAACAAAACUACCAAUUUGGUGCAAAGUUAAUGAAACUUUAAGUUGAUGAAAGACAGAAUGCAAAAUUACGAGUACAAAAGUACAGUGACGUUACUCUUACCUCCGUAAAUAUCUCGAUACUUAAAGAAAUAAUUUGACCAUUUAAUUUAAUGGAGACUUCAUUAUCUCUUUAGAUACUUCAUUUUACUCUAAGGGCCUUUUUCACAAUGUCUAAGUAAAGUCCUGAAUAAGCUACUUGCCACUUAUCUGACGAAAAAGUAAAGUCAUCGUUGGCUUUUCACAAUCUUCAAAUAAGCUUAACCGGUAGAUAAAGUGCGAUGUUUUGCAGGAAGUUUUAUCUGGCAGUUGAUUUAUUUGUUAAUUAGCUGUCAAACACUUUACUUGGACAUUGUGAAACAGGCCCUAAGUCCCCUAUCCAUCGAACAAAUCCCUGCCUAAAAUCGAGUAAAAUAAAAUUGUCACUGGUAUUUUAAAUCAUUAAUAGCUGGUGGAAUAUUUCCACUGAACUGUCAGUAUUAUUUCCUUAAGCGGGUCAUUCUGCAGAUUUGUCCCCGCGUCUAAACUCUGUCAAAUCAUACUAAAUGUAUGAACAGUUUGACGGAGUCGAGAGUGACCGCAGUCAUAUAAUUUGAGAACAACCCAGGCACGCGGCACGCGGCCCCAGCUAUUGUGAAUCAUUCUGUAACCUACAUUUAAACUAAGAGUAUUAGCUCGAAAUAUAUUCGCGAACCUACAAGGCUCGUCAUGUAAAUAUUGUAAAUAGCAAAAUAAAUGAAUAACUUCAAA